AUGUCAGACGGUGACGUUUCGUUGAUUCGCGACGAAGACGUGUUGCGACGUAUGUGGCAACAGACGGAGGACUUCUCUCGAAAGAAGGAGAUCCGCGCCCACAUGUAUCGACUGCGAGAGGAGCGCCUGCGCAAUCUCUACUCUCCGGAACCCACGCACGAGCCGGCCAAAGGUUGUGAGUUCUCAUCUACCCAGGGUCACGUGAAGUCAUUCGCGGACCAAAGCUUCCAGUCGAUGAAGAGCAAGGAGGUCCGUGACGCGGGCUCUCCGCCCAAGGAGUUCACGUACCGCGGCCAAGAUCUCAAUGAAUUCUCCAAUGCCGGGUGGAACGUCGAGUCUGAAAACAGAACGGCCGACGACGGACACACACGAGUGAAGACGGUCAACGCCAAUAUCGAGGGUAGUUACGACGUCGACGGAGGCAGGGGACAAUUCUCGGCUGCCGAUCAUCACAAACGAGCCGUCACUGAGUACGAAGAUGGAAAAACCAGCCUAAAGCGCAACGAAGAUUACUCCAACACCUCCUCUCGUGAGCAGGUCGUGCGCGACACCGGUAAAGGAACACAUUUUACUUCGACCAGUAGCUUCUCCAGCUCUGCUUCAAAAUUUGAACAGUUUUCAUCGACGCAGCGUGAGACGCUGCCGUAUUCAACAAACGAUAACUACCUGGCAUCACAAAGAACCUAUGACACUAACAAAAAUGAAGAAUUUACAUCCACAAAAGUAACGAACACAAAUAACGAACAAAACGUAAGAAAUGAAUACGAUCACGGUGAACUUGUUUCGAGAAAAAUCGAUUAUCCCGAUGACAACACGAAAGUUAUCGUAGAGACGAGAUGCCUCCCAGAUGGCACAAGGGUGACGAGCACUCGGCGAGAGUUUCGCGCGCCGAGCGUUCAACCGAGCCGUACAGAGCGUCAUUCUCAGCAAACGAGAAGCGAAAGCAAUACAUUUAGUUCGAAUCAGAAGAAAACUCAGAGUAGCGAAUCUACAAAAGUUAUCGACGAUUCGACUGAAAGUACCAUUCGUGAUAUCGUCGAUUCUCAAAGAACAAAAGAUGAUUAUGAUUUUAAAAAAACGAAUAUAUCGGAAAGCAAUGAUGACUUUUCGCGACGUCGAUACCAUCAUGAUGUAAACAAAAAUGAAAACGAUGAAAGAAUCACCCACCACGAGAACCGGAACAUUUGCAGGCAAGAAGUUUACAACAUUGAGGACAGCGACAAUAACAUUCGAGAAACAAUAAACUAUAAAGGCCAAGUAAAACAAAAUGAUAAGCGUAAACUCAAUGAAGAUUAUAGCACUGAAUCGUAUGUUGCGAGUGACACCCAAGAUACCACACACGAGGAAAAAAGCACAGAAUUGUUUAAAAAUGACAGCAUGGAUGAAAGCCACACUGUGAAAAUAGGUAGGCCAAAAAGCCUUGAUGACAUUCCCUCAAGACAAGUUCAACAUGACAGGAGUCAGCAAGAACACAUAAGGGAUACGAUCAAAUAUAAAAACAUGGAAGAAUGCGUUCAGAAAUUUACAAAAGAAAGUACUGUACAAGACAAUGUUAAAGAAAAAUCUGUCAAUAAUUAUCAGACGACAUAUGAAAGCGACUAUGCUCAAAGAAAGAUAAGCAGCGAUUUGAGUCCAACUCAUCAGGCGUGGGCUAGCACACUUCGUGCCGACACACCAUCUCGCCAAUCGACCCGACCUCCUUCUCCGGGAGGUAAGACACAGUCAAGUACAAGCUCGCUUCGAAACAGCGUUAGCCCCGACAAAUAUUACAAAAGGACACCGAGCCGUAGUGGAAGUCCAAAUAAAAGUGACAAGUAUUCUCCGUCAAGAACCUUUUCGGAAAAGACAUACUCAAGUACUCAUUCAUCGACACAAUCUGUGACUGAAAGAAAAUCAAACGCGUUUACAGCUACUGAUACUGAAUCGUUUAAAAACAAAUCACCUACAAGGCGGUUACAAAGCCCAGAUAAAAGUCAAUACGAAACGCCUACACGAAAAAGUGUGAGUCCAGAAAAACAAAUGAGGCCGUCCACAACGCGCUCUUAUACGAGUCCACUGCGAAAAUCUGAGCCGAGAUCCAUUUCAAGUCCUGAAAGGAAAACUUCACUCAAUGAAAGAGAAUCCUCACCGACUUUUAGCAGUCCUAAAAGAAAUCAGGAUAGCAUUAAGGACGAUGUGAUAACAAGUAUAAAGUCUUCUACAAUUAUCACACGCUCCAAAGAACAUGAAGAAGAUAAAAGUACGAGUGUAAAAGAAACACUACAAACUUCAGAAACACCUGCAUAUCAACCUGGUUAUAUGAGACCUACAGCUUCUAGCUUACCAAAAACCGAUGGUUCUCAGUCACCAACUAAACAGCAUGACCGUGCCCGUAAAUCUUCUCCAAAGCAUCAUUCUCUUAGUCCCGAUAGAAAAUCUCCCGUCUCUAAGAUUGACCAAGUUAAAGAAGAUCAUCGACAAUUUAUUAGUGAAGAGUACAAAUACACCAACAUUAAAGAAAAUAUAACUUCCUCAGUUAUAGAUCAGAACGUUUCCCAAAAAGACAACUAUGAACAGCACGGUACAAAACCACGUAAGUCCUCGGAAAGUCCAAAUAGAAAUUCACUCAGUAGAAAAAGGACAGUACAGGAAACGACUGAGAGAACUUCCAGUAGAGAAACUCAGUUAACGGAUGACGUUGAUAAGAAUAUCAUAAAUUUAACGUUAAAAGGAAAAAGUCCAGACACCUUUAAUACACAUGCCACCCCAAACAAACAGCCUUCUAGAGAAGCGUCGCCUAUAAAAAGAAGUGAACAUCCUGUAAAGCUUAAUCAAUUUGAUAAAUCUCCAACGUCAAUUACACAUAACCUUGAAGAAGAAGUCGAAGGUUCAAGAAGAACUUCAAAGGAUCGCUCUCUAAGUCCCACUAAAGAUAUUCUUAAAGCCUCUACACCCACGAGAAAGCCAUCACUCUCAAAGGAAACAACUGAUAUUAGUAGAAUAACAGAGAGUAAAGACAAAACUUUGGAAAGAUGUGAAAAUAACGACAAGAAAAUUACGUCCACUCGAAGAAGCAGUUCUCCGAAAAAACCUGUAAAUGAAGUCGGAGAAAAAUAUAAACAAACCAUUGAUUUUAUAAGAACAGAAAAAAAAUGCGAUGAAAUGAAUGCAAAAUCAAUUAAAAGCAGGCCAAAAAACCUCAUUACUCCCUCUACGAGUCCUACGAGACAAUCAAAAACUGACGAUGACGCACCCUCUACUGAAAAAAGUUCACCAACUUCCAUUGAUAGUGGUUUCGUUUAUUACGGUUCUCCCAGAGCUGAACAACAAGUAGUCACUGAUUUGGAUGACCAAGAACCGACAAAGGCUUCAAAAUCGCCAACUGUUCUACACGAUGUCCUGCAGAGAAUCCCCUCUUCAUCAAAAAUACCCUGCCGGACACCUUCUCCUGAAAAAAAUAUACCUAAAGAACCUUUGCCUCGUAAGAGUUCGUUAAAAAAGCCUUCCAUAGAUAACAGUAAUUUACCUUCUGUGCCAAAGCCACCGACUAGUUUUCUUAUCUCACCUGAAAGAGAAAUAAAAAAUGUACUUGAUACAUCACAAGACAGUACUGACAAAAGCCCCAAUAAACCAAUGAAAAGUAAGCCGCCACUCGAAAGACGCGAAACUUAUGAAGAAAGAUGUAGGAAAAUAUUGGGAAUGCUAGAUACCACUACUACUACCACUACGGAAACGAAACGAGCUACUUCCCGAUCUCGGAAUUCUACUUCUUCAGGUAACUCACCUAAUGCCUCUCCUUGUAGGAGUCCUAUUCAAAUAGAAUCCGAAAAUGUAUGUCAUGAUAAAUAUGAAACAGUAGACGUAUUAAAUAUGACUGAUAAUACGGUACACGUUAGAGAAAAAUCUACUGAACAGUUUGAAACCUUAAAAACAGACGUGAUUACGAAAACUAAUGAUGGCAUAUUGGUGUCUAAAAUAUCUAGUGAAAGUGCAUUAUUAGAAGAUGAAGUACCACCAUUCGCCGUGCCCGCAACAGAAGAAGAUAAAAGAAAAUCACAUACUAUGAUUGCUUCAGAAGAUUCUGCCGUAAAGGAAAAUCGAGAUGUGAACAUAACGGAUAUAAAACAAUCUCAAACUUCUCUGGUCACAAACAAUAUCGAUAUCCAAAAUGUAGAGAUAGUUCCUGAGAUCAAAGAGAACGACAACCGUGACGUUUUAGAUACAAGCACUAAAUUUAUUGUAUCCGAAAGGGAACAACAAAUACUUGACAGGGUUCAAUCAUCUUUACGUAAGCUAUCUCCCGAUCGUAAAGGAAAACCCGUAAAUGUAACCUCCGAUGAAAGCCCUGAAAAGCGCAGCGGCACGUCCCCCGCGAAGCACACAAUCAGUCUCGAGAAACCAGAAGAACAAAUUUUAGACUCGUUUAAAAAUACGACCACACAAGUUACAUCUGAAGAAAAAUCGACCUUAAAGAAGAACGUCGGUCAUAACAAGACAACCAUCAAAAGUCAAAUCCCAAGUAAACCUUCUUCUAGAAAUGUAUCGCCUGUAAAAAAGCCGCCUGGCUCUCCUACAAUGUCAAAAUACACUGCAGAUGGUGGUAAACCUCGAAGUGUUUCUCCGAAAAAACCGAUUACAUCGACGGAUAAAAAACCGAAUUCACCAGUGGAAAGGCCGCAAUCACCAAAUGUCCCUAAACCAACUGCCGGGAAGAUAAAAGAAGUUGCAUCACAAUAUCAAAGAACAUCCUCUUUAUCCAGUAUGAAAACUGAUAAGACGAUUACGACAGAUGUGAAAAAGACUAUAUCGAAUAAGCAACAAAGUAUGUCAAGACUAUCUCCAACAAAAACUCCUUCAAGUAAAAUCUUAUCUAAUAAUAAGUCUAAUGAUGGUGACAUUAAGCGACAAUCGGCCCCGAAAGGGACGCAAAAAGAUACACCACAUUUGCAAAAGAAAGAGGAAACAAAAGUGACACGUACGUCAAGUGACAUAGGCUUAAAGCCUUCGAGUAAAAAAGUAUCCCCACAAAGAAUGAAAUCAAAGCCAGAAAUCCAGGUAAACAGUGUCACGACUAAAGUUUCUAAACAAGGGACUACGAGGCAUCAAAAAUCUGAGUCGUCGGCGAAAUUGCCGGUUACAAAGCCAAAAUCCGCUACAGCCUUAAACACACCCCUUGACGACGACGACAUUAUAAUCGACGUGCAACAAGCAAAGUCGUCUAGAGAAAAUUCACCUGAUCGUAUUUGUCCUACGCCAGUUGGUUUUUCAGAAGACAUGGGCGUUCCUCGUUUUCCUGAUGAAGUUAAAGAACCAGAUGAUGAAUAUAAAAGGCGUACACAUCAUGUGAUUCAUGAAACUGCGUCGGAUGACAUCGUGGAAAUUUCUGAAGAAGAUGAAUUAUUUGCCAAGAGAACUGAAUCAGUACAAAAUAUGCACACAAAUGAGGACAUUCAAAUCAGUGUUAAUGGUAAAGUAACAGAAUAUAUGAAAGGACCAGAUAUCAAACCUAAAGACACGACCACUAAUCUUAGGAACACAGUGAGUAAAGUGCGUUCUAACUUGGUUGAUGAUAUUUUGAAAACAGACGAAUGUUUGUUGUCUGUUUCAGAAAAAGUAAACAAGUUUGCUAAGGGACCGGUCGGCUCUAAAGAUCGAAGUCCCUCUCGUAAUAUUACCGAAGAGUAUGAUAGAGACACGAUUUAUACUGACGAUUACACAAAAUUGAGCGUCAAUGACAAAGCGCACCUCUUUAUAGAGACUGCGGAAAACGUAAAAUGUACAAAACCCAAAUCUGCUCAAAAACCCCAGAGACCAGAUCUAACGAAUGUUGAAGAUUAUUUAAAGAGUGAUGAAUGCUUACUGAGCGUAUCCGACAAGGUAAACAAAUUUGUUAAAACGGCAGAGCAAGUAUUGUCAGACACAUACACGGUCGAAGAAAAAGAGAUGAAGAUAAAAGAACAACAUGAUCAAAUGAUGAGACUAAUAAUUGAGAAUGGAGAUGGCCAACGGGACGCUACAAUAGAACAGAAGCCCGUUAAACACGAACCUACAACUGAAUAUGUCAAGACACCGCAGCAUAACGCACCGCAGGAAACGCAUGACCAUACUAAAAAGGCAACUUCAAAGUUACCCAAUAAGCCUGCGCCUGUAAAGAUAACUACUCAGCGUAGCAGUGAAGCAGUUAAGAAAGCAAAAGCAUUGUUUGAAAAUAUUGCUUCAACGAACAACACAAAAGAAACUUCUCAAACUAAGAGCACAAAGUUGACUGACAUCGGAGUGUCGAUGAAAAUGAAGAAGUCAACUUCUGAUACAAAAGAAUCUAAAGAAACACAACCAAUAACUCAGCAGACCGUGUAUGAUGAUAUUUCACAAUUGAGGGAAAAGUCCCCUGAAAACUAUUUGAAAACCAAAACACCAACAACUAGAGAAAAGUCCCCUGUAAAAAGGACUAUGUCACCCGUAGUUAGAGAUAAGUCGCCAGCGAAAAGACCAAUUUCACCCAUUGCGAAAGAAAAAACUCCCAGCAACAGAACUCUAAGCCCAACAGCACGGGAAAAGUCGCCAGCAGCCAAGCCAAUGGCACCCAUUACGAGAGAAAAAUCUCCAAUCGCUCGAACGAGAUCCCCCUUGGUAAGAGAAGAGACCCCGAUAAGCAAAACGAGGUCACCAGUACCUCAGACUGCUACGGUCACGAGUAAUAAGAAGGUUUUAUGCCGUUUUCCUGUCACAGAGCAAAUAAACUCCACAAAAGCAGGACCGGUGGAAGAUAAAAACGACAAGGCCGUCGAAAAAGCAGUGCCUGGAUAUCAGCGUUCAACAAAAACUAGUCAGAUGAAAGAAGACAAGUGUACUGAGGAGAUUGAGGUGAGCAGCAGACGAGGCAGUGGCAAAUUCGGUGUCGAGCUUCGCAGGACGAGCGCGGACAGAUCGUCCGUUAGCAGCGAACGGCGUCGCAGCAGCGUCGAUCACCACCAGCCUUGCAUCGAGGAUAUAUUCGACUUAGGCCUUCUGGAACAAAUGUUGGAAAAAGUCGUGGGAUACGAACAGCGGAGGCGCAUCCGGUCACAGAUUCGAGUAGCAAAGAAGAAGAUCGAAACUGAAGAAAUCACUAAAUUGACGAGAUCAAAACAAACAACGACCAACAUGUCUAAGACAAAAUCACCGGAGCGUCUUCAACAAAGAUCUCCGGACCGUCUGUUAAAGAUCCAGAAACCUCACUCUCCCGAGCGACAACCUAAAGCCACUCCUGAUGCAACCUCUGCACCCGAUCCUCUUACAAAAUCGCAUCUAACAAACCCAGAACCGAAAGAGCUCCCCAAAACAAAAGCAGCGAGACCUUUCGACAAAAGUCCCGAAAGGCACAGCAAAGCGACUCCCGGUUCUGGCCUUCGGACUAGUCCGGAAAAGAAGGUACGACCCGUUUCACCCACUAAGACAACGACGCCGAAACCUAAAGAGAGCCGCUUUAGCGAGUACGCUUCAGCUUAUAUGAAGAAAGUAGGGCUCAAUGAAGGCGACAAGCUAAAACGUGUCGCGGUCAAAACGAAGAAGCCGCCUGUCGUGGACGAAGCCAGGACCAAAAAGGUUGAAGCCAACCGCAUCGUAGAAACUCACCGCAUCAAAACGUUUACUGAUCGAUAUUCCUCGAAAGAUAUCAUCGAAGUGGUCCAAAUCAACGACCAGAGGACGCCAUCGCCCGACCGAAGUCGCGACGGCACCGACGGAGGUGAAACAUCUCAACCGCUCCGGCGGCAAAGUCCCGAAAGAACACCGGUUUCCGAUCGCAAACCCAGUCCGGAGAGACGAAGCGAGCGUCAAAGCGAUUCCCAACGCUCUCCGAGUCCCGGAGUAAAGAAAGUCUUAAAAAAAGAGACGACAAUAAAGACAGCGUUCGACAUAGAGAAGAAAAUACCGCAUAAACCGGCGCAAGAUGAGAAACCAUCGUGGGUGACCAACAGGCAGCUGAAGAAGGUCACGUCCGAGUCUCGCACGUUCAGCAGCAAGAAGAUAGAGGCGGAGAAGCCAAAGUACCGGACGAGCAGCCCCUCUAAGGCGAUCACCGAGCCAAUAGACGUGAUCACUUCCAGUUACGGGCCGGGACCGCUCGACGCCGACGGUAGACCUCUUUUCGGCAUCCGGGCUUUGAGGAAUGGCGCUUCCAACUAUCAAGUGAAAGGCACCGUCGUUCGUCAAGAUUUUCAUUCGCGAAACGGAGGCGAGCCGGAAGGCACCGUGUCCGUGACCGCAUACUCCACGGAGCCAGAAGACUUGGAAAAACUGCUACAGAGUCAGGGCGAGAAGCCGUCGCGUCUGCACGGUCUGGCUGCCAUCACCACGACGAAGAAGUUCGGCGGAGACUCGGGGACCACUUUGUCUGAGAUUUCUACUAGAGAGGAGCGAGCCGCAUUGGACCGGUUCACGCAUAGCGACAGACGCGUCUCUGAGAGUAAAGUAGAAAGACACACAGAUUCCUUCGACGGAGAGAAGAACGGAAUCGAGAGGACGACAUUCACAGGCACGUACAGGAGGGAGAAGCCGAAGCAACGGGACGAGACGAGGUCGGAUAGUGCCAAGAGAGACGUGAGGAGUCACAAGGAGACACGGACAGACAGAAUGCAAAAGACCGAGCGACGCGUGGAAGACAGGAAGACGGUGCGACAGAGCUCUGUGAAAUCGCUCACCGAGAAGUUCAUUAAAAACGCAAAUGAGACUUCGAAGACGGAACGCGCCGUCUACCCGAAGGCCGGUCUUAUCCUUCGAACUGCCGGAAUGAAGGACAGCGUCUCCAGUGACUCCUCGGCUCACGGUGGUUUAGCUCGCACAGACAGCGAGCACAGCCUGAACUCCGUGGAAGACGCAGUGACGACGACCAACACGACCACGGAGAGAGUCGGCGACGCGGUCCGGACCACGGUGACCACCACGAAGAGCGGCAGCCGGAUGCAGGAGCGGUCCUUCCUCGACAGCUCCACUAAGGUCACCGGCGUCCAGGACAUCCUCACCAGGAUGAAGAACGCCGAUAUUGUGAUCGAGGAAGGCGACAGCAACGAAGACACCGAGGCGCGGGCCCUGCUCAACAAGUUUCUGGGCGCCACCGUGCUCAUGGCCGGGAUGCAGAACUACGUCACCGAGAAGCCGACGGGCCACUGUGUGCUCAGACAGUGCAUCCGUUGGCUCUCGGCCAGGCCCACAUGUGGUCGUUCCUCCCGACUCCGGCCCACCGGUGCCAACUUCGUAAAUCACGCCAGACGGUGCUUCUCGCCUUAUAUGGUGUGUCGGUCGAUUGUGCCUCCGUCGACACCAGUGGCCUCGCCCUGUUCCGCUAGUUGCAACAGACCGACGUGCUUUCUGGCGUCUGAAAACGCAGCCUCUCCUCACCUGCAGCCAUUUACUUUUCUUUCUUUUGACGACGUUAUUCUCGACGACAUACUUCAGAAUAAAAGCGUCGGCAGCUUUCAGCAUCAUAGCCGUGAUCUUGAUCUCUUUCGAGAAAGAUUAGAUAAGGAAACAAUUAAAAGCCAAAGCAGCGGUGGAAAAGUGACCAGCAGCAAACUAGUCCAGGAGAUAGACAUCGAGCAGUGCUGGGACGAGAGAGUAUUAAGGAAACUCCUCGACGAGUGUACCGACUACGAGCUACGGAGACGCCUACGCGCGCGAAUCCGAGCCCUCAUGGCGGAACAAGAAGCGUGCGCGAGCGCGGUGACGGAGGCGCUAGCCGCCGCGGGCGAGACAACGGCCGACGCGGAAGAACAGCAUCAGUCCGGCGAACGCGGUGAGUCCCUCCUCCUGCCUCUGCUCCAGGGCCUGCUCCGAGGCGGCGGAGAGAAGCUGCUGGCCGGCCUGGGCACCGCCUCCCACGGCGUCGUCGCGGACGUGCGCCGCUCCCUGCAGCGGCUGAGGCUCGCGCUGGCCCCGCCCGCCGACCACCCUCAAGCGAGGGCGCUGCUCGCCCUCGCCGACAGACUCGAAGACGCCCUAGACGCGGCGGACAGACUCGACGGAUGCAAACGCAAGACGAGGCGCCGCAGCCGCACGGCGAGGCACACGGUCGGCGUCACGCGAGAAGAACUGGAAGAGGCGAGGCGCACUGUUGACAGGGACGCCUUGCUCGAACCCGUCGAUGCCGAUGUCACGGCGACGACAGUCGGUUCCGAGACACCGGAGCGAACGCAGAGCUGCGACUACUAUGACCCAGUCGAAACCAGACGGAAACCGGCGCCUAUCGCUCAUAGUGCCAGCUACGAAACCGCCCCGAUAGUUAAUAGGGACGCUCGCGUCGUCGAGAGACGGGCCCCGGCCCCGCGAAGACCAGACUUCUUUAGACACUCGAUGGCAGAUGGCCUCAAACCGGAGCCUUCUAGGAACACAGCCGAGCGUUUGCGAUCGGACUCUAAGAGUGGCAUAGCCGCAAUAGCUAAUAAAUUUGAUAUCAAAAUUGAACAAGAAAAGCCGGUCGCCGCUAAGCGGGUACCGACAAACGGGCCCCGGAUGCAGGCGAAACCCGCCGAGGAGCCGAAACGUUCCUCUUAUCGUCCUCCGCCCCCGACCUAUAACUUCGCGGCGCCGCCGGCGGACGACGCGUCUAAGUCGCCAGAUAGACCGAACGGCGUCAGCAAACGCCUGCGCAUGAAGCGAGCUAACACUAUAGAUAUUGGUCGAUCUUUUGGCGCAUAUCAAUUCGAUAGGGACACAGACGAGGAAGCGAACGUUCCCCGCGCCCCGGCGGUGCCCGCGUUCCGGCCGCAGACAGAGAACGACAAGAAGUUCCUAGCCUUUAUGAAGAAGAACGAGGAACAAGAUCGAAAUACUGGAUCUGUCCAGGCCAAUUGGAGCAACCGUUUCGGAAAUAUUAAAAACGCCUUCGAAAACCGCGAAAGAGAAGAGAACGACAGAUCUUCGAGCGCCUCCUCCGCCAAACGCUUUUGGCAAAGCGCAGACUCCUCGCAGGUGUCUGUCACGCGACCGAGACGGUUCCCGAACGAGACGGUCCCGGACGUGGUGAGACCGCCAUGGGCGUCCCAACGUCGAGAUUCACUGAAGACCCACGUCCCGCCUAUAGCGAAGCAAGUACCACAACAGACAGUUUCACCCCCCGUAUUGCUAUCGCCAAUGAAACCCGCUAAUAUAAAACCCUUCGUGGCUAAACCAAUACCCGUCAAUCAAUUCUCUCACGCCCCGAUGUCAGCGUUUAAGCCUCCACAGAAAAUAUUGUCCCCCACCGGCGCACCGCCUAUCGUUUGGAGUCCACCGUCCUCCGGUAUUCCGGUAUCCCCGAGCGUCGAUCCCCCGAAACCUUCCGUGCCAUCUACCCGAAUCCCUCUGCCUCCCGGCGAUCCGGUCAAAUUAGUUCCCGAAGAGAGGAACCGAACGAUGAUCGACAGAGUGCCUUUCGAGCGCAACAAAUUUAACCACUCACCGGCACCGGCCUGCGAGUACCACCCCCCCACGCCCCCGACUCACGCGCGAAGCGACCACAACUUUCCGAUUCAACCUAUCCCGAGCCAAAACAACCUCGCGGCCCCAGAGUUGGUCAAAAAGAUAUACGGCACAAACGGCUUCGUCGACGGUCACGACGACGCUCCCAAGAUUGACGCGCGACAACUCCAGAUAGAAUUUUACGAAAGACAAAUCAGAGAGAAAUGUCGAAGGGAUGCCCCGACCGAACGCCGCGUAAACCCGGUGCAUAAACCUCCCGCGCCCCUCGGUCCCCAGGGAGCUCCCCCGUAUACGAUAGUCGACUACACGCCUCCUCUCUCAACCUCCACCUUCGUGCCGCUUCAGCAGACUCCCGAUAUAGAAAAAGCGAGGGCGCACAAAGUCGAUUAUUUGCCGGACGUCGUCAUCAACGACAACGGCAACUCUACGGACCUCACAAGUUCUCGGAGCUCCCUGAACGAUCCCGUCAGCCCGACGAAGCCGAAACCCCGGCGGAUCGCCGCGUCCGACCGCGACGGAAGCCUGAACGGAGACGACGCGGCCACGGAACACGGCAGCGUAUUGACCAAGGUUAUGAGAGGCCCGGUCCGCGGCAAUGCAACGAUCACCGCCGGCGUGAGGACGCGCGGUGCGGCGGACAGCUUACGCGGAGUGCUCGACAAACUCUCGUCACCGAAACGUGAAGUCAUUGCACAAAUAGAGAAAAAGAAACGGGAAAACGCCCGGAACCAGAUGCAUCUGGCCCCGCCUUCCGAGCUGUCCCCUUCGUAUGGCUUCGAAAGGCACGGCUCGAGUGGUUCCCGGAGCCCCGGUCUCGCCGCGUCGCGCGAAUCCGUUUUCUCGAGUGAGUCUCCCGCGAGUCGUGGGUCCAGCCCCGGCUCGGCUAUCGCGCGAUCCGGCUCCUGGCACAGACUGGCGGAGUGCGGCCCGAAAGCGAUGCCUCCUAGAAAGGUAGUCGCGCGAACGAAAUCUAUGCAUCUGCUAGCCGCGCCCAAGCUGUACGAGGGGGGCAUAUCGCAGGACGAGGUACUGGAGAAGAGGAGAACAGUCGAAGCGUACUUCUCCGGGCAGACGUCACCGAACCGAGCGCAGCAGACGAGCCAACCGCGGUCCCGAGCGCAGACGCAGUUCGCAUUGGGACGCAGCCGAACGAUGCCCAGCGUGAGCCAAAUGCAAUUCCUGGAUGAGAGCAACGCGGACGACGCGUUCGAGGACCUCGUGUCGGGGAUGGCGUAG